GGUCGACAUAUUGGCAGGAGGUGACGGUUUGGGUCCAGAACACCACCAGCCUGGGUGUCUAUUGCAUCGCCUCAUUUUCCCAGGCUCUCAAAAGCGUCGACGACGAUCAAACAUUCUACCUCGAUGAUCUUAAGCGAAAUCAAUGAUCUUCGAUCAAUCCUGGAGUCGGAGGCCCGACGGGUUUCAAUAUGAGCAUGUAGUGCUGCUCCCAUAUAUGAGCAUCGCAAUCUUCCUCCUCACUAUGGCAUUGCGGCGGGUUGAGUAUGGUAUGACACGGGUAGGAGAACGACUUUUGACCAAGUGUUUUGGCCCCUUGUUUUUCGAAUCUUCAAACUUACAUAAUUUCAGUUGGCUUCGAAACCUCAUGUGUGUGACAUUCUACCUCUUCUAUUUUGGCCACAAUGUGGCUAUGGCUACAGCCUUUUCAGCCGCACGGACCUUUCUGGAGGCUGCGCUAGCCCUCUUCCAUCAAAUUAAGAUCGUGGAUGCUACCACGAUGGCGGCCCUGCCUUCAACCUUGCGGGGUAUGAUCGACCUCCUGCGAUCAAAGAUUUCACCAAAAAACAUUUAUCAUCAUUCUGAAUAAUUUCAGCCAGUCUGUCUCAAUGAUCAUACACUCGUGAGUCAAAUCUCAGGUCCAAUAGAGUAUCAUUCAAACUAC